UACUUUACCAUUAGAUGAAGUAUGGUUCAGAGUCUUACAGCUCUACAUACUGAAUCUCCCUUUUGAUCUCAAUAUGGUCCUGAGUCUUACAGCUCAACCAAUUGAUAAUUUCAUCCUUAAAGUCUGA